AUGAGUUCUGAUGAAGAAGUUAGUAUUGCAUCAACUUCAAAUAUAGAUAAAGAUAAACAAGUAGUUAAAAAUAUUGGUGGCCGCCCAGAAGGUCCAGUUUGGAGUUAUUUUACAAAAGGAAAACAAGUUGGAAAAGGAAAAUAUGAAGCAACAUGUAAUUUAUGUGGAGUAACUUGGAAACGUGGUGAACCUAGUGAAUUAGAAAAUCAUUUAGCUAAUCACUGUCAAAAAGCUGAUUCAAUAAUAAUUCGUCAAUUUCUUACAAAAAUUCUUUCUAAUAAUUCUGAACAAGGGGAUACUAAUAAAAAAAGAAAGAUUAAUACUCAAGGACCACUUGAUCAAUAUGUUAGUUUAAUAAAAUUAGAUAAUCAAAAAAUUAAAAGAAUUCAUCUUGCUUGGGCUAAAGCUUUUACAAUAUGUGGAAUUUCAUGGCGAGUUAUUGAAAAUCCUUUUUUUAUUGAAGCUUUAAAAGAAAUGAAUUUAUCAUAUGAACCACCUACAUGA